AUGCCGACCGCGGAGAGGACGUUAUACACCGCUCCAGGAGAGUAUAGCACCGACGACAUCGACCUGCCAAGUUUGACUGUUCAGCAGCAGAACCCGCAGGAGCCAGAACAAGUACGGAACGUCGACUUUGAGGACGCCUUACGCCGCGUGGAUGAACUACUACCCAGCGACAUGGAGGCUCGCUGGUUGUUACACGCCUUCGAAAGCUCAGGCGCGGAGAAGCUGCGGGAGAUUGGCCUUCGCGCUCGUGAUUAUCGAAAGUACUUUGAAGCCUGGGAGACACUGCAUUUGGUGCAAGGAGGUCCCGAAGAGACAUUCAUCAGAUCCGACAUGGCUCACUAUAUCCGUCACUACUUCUCCACGGGCUUGGCCAAGCUCGCCGCCGCCGAGGUCGAGCUAAUGGUUCGCACAUACGAAAAGUACAAGUCUUUUAUGUGCAAGUUUGAGAAGUUGGUGGCUGGCUGGACCGCGCCAUACUUUGCUGACCACAUGACUUUGCACCUAAACUUGAAGCACGGAGGCCGAGGCAUCGUUGUCACCGCCGGCAAUAAGCAAGCGCCGCACCUGAGGACGCUGGUCGAUAGUUUGCGCGGUGUCGGAUGCACCCUACCCAUCGAAGUCAUGUACCUGGAUGACGCGGACCUCAAUGUCGAGGUUCAAGAAGAGCUUUCAGCCCUUGAUGGCGUCACCACCCGGGAGAUGGCGCCAAUGGUGGACGAUAGAGGCUGGAAGUUGACUGGCUGGGCCGCCAAGCCCUACGCAAUCUUAUUCUCCAGCUUUCGCGAGGCAAUCUUCAUCGACGCAGACAGUCUCUUUUUCCACGAUCCAGAGAUGCUAUUCGAGGAUCAAGACUACCAGCGAACAGGCGCGCUGUUCUUCAAGGACCGGGCACUCUGGCGCGAGUGGAAGAAGGACUGGCUAAAGAAAGUGCUUCCCAAGCCUGUUUCAGCGCAGGUUCUCGACAGUCGGUAUUGGAAAGGAGAGAGCGGACAAAUGCAGGAGUCUGGGGUUGUCGUCAUCGACAAAUGGCGCCAUUUCAUUUCCAUGCUCAUCGUCUGUCGCCUGAAUGGCCCUGAAAGAGAAGGCGACAAGGCAAAGGGCACAUCUGGCGUUUAUGACAUGGUAUAUGGUGACAAGGAAACGUUUUGGAUUGGCUGGGAGCUCGCCGGUGAUACAGACUAUGCUUUUCACCGUGGUCGUGUCGGCGUCAUGGGCAUAGACGAGGAAGAGAAGAACAAAAAGGCUUCUAACAACAACGAAGCUGCCACCGAGGAACUAAAGAGGUCAGCCAACGCAAACGCGACAGCCGAAGCCGACAAGAGUGCUCGAAAGGAAAUCACAAUCUGCUCGCCCCAACUGCUACAUCUAGGCGUGGACGGACAGCCGCUCUGGUUCAACGGUGGUCUGGUACAGAACAAGUUCGCCCCGAUGAAGGAAUGGGAAUUCGAAACAUUCCGAGAUUUCAUCGUCGAACCCGAGGUCUCGUCGACAUCGAGUUGGACAAUGUUGACAGGCAACAGGGCCUGCCUAACAGGCGGUGACGGCCUAAGAUUCCCGUUCAGCAGGAACGAUAGCGAGUCGCUCGACAUGAUGAAGAAUCAUGCAAAGAAAUACCUGAAGGAUCCUGCAGAUGUUAAAUGA